AUGGGAUCCAUCACCAACAUGAAGCUCUCCUCUGAGCACGACAUUGCAAAGAUCUUCAACUCCUACGUUGCCGCCGGCGCUAUCGGCACUGCUUGGGAACUUGGGCUACUAGACGAGGUCCGUACCCAAAAGGCUGUGGAUAUCGACGAGUUCGCGGCCAACCACAACCUGGAUCUCGCUUCGACCCGCGCCCUGGUCUCCGCGCUCGCUACCUCUGACAUCCUCCAGCGUCAGGGGGGAGCUGCCCUGCCCGGGAGGUUGCUCGAAGAGGCAUACCGCACCAAAAGUCUCUUUCACUGGCUUGCUCUUGGUUCCGGCAGCUUGUUCGCGCGCAUGCAAUACGUCAUUCGCAACGAGAAUCGCGAGGGCAAAUUUUACUCGCGUGAUUCUGCGGCAAUCGCCUACGCGUGCCGUGACGCAAACACGCAAUUCAUUGAUCCGGUCUUCCUCGACGCCCUGAAGUCGUCUGGUGAGAACUUUACCUCCGUUGUGGACCUGGGCAGUGGGAGUGGCGAGAGGAUCAUGCAAGUCCUCGACCGCUAUCCUGAGAGCACUGGACUCGGCAUCGAUAUUGCCGGUCCGGCAAUUGAGGUUGCUAGGUCAGAUGCUGUGAAGCGUGGUUAUGGUGGCCGCAUCAAUUUCCUAGUCGGCGAUGCGCGUAAGCUCGACUAUCGGGAUGAGUUUGCUAAGGUUGACCUUUUGACGUCCUUCCUAAUGGGGCACGACUUCUGGCCGCGGGAGAAAUGUGUUAGCUCUCUACAGAGGCUGCGCAAAGCUUUCCCGAGCGUCAAACGAUUUUUCAUCUGCGAUACGGUGCGGAUCCUCACAAAUGACCCCCGAUCUCGCCAUGCGGUACAAGAGGAUGAUGUGCCUAUCUUCACCUUGGGUUUCGAGUUUGGUCAUGCGCUGAUGGAUGUCAAAUUGCCCACAGUGGAGGACUGGGAGGGUGUUUUCAAGGACGGUGGUUGGGUUUGUGUCAAACAGCAUCACAUGUUGCCUCCGUCUCUCACAGUUCUUUUCGAACUUGUGCCCCGUGACGCAGAUGCAAUAAAUAGCGUGCGAAUUGAAUUAUUACUGGAACUGUGGAGACUAGUCAACAAGGACAUCAAGAUCCAAGUUGUGCAAGCAUAAUGUUUACUACAUGUGGUGGACACGAUCAUAACCACUAUUCAACUCGGUAGUUUGUUGGCGGAAGACAUGAGCAAUAGGAAUGGACAUGGCUAAAGUACAUGUAUGCAACUCGUAUGAGAAAAUGAGGCUGGGUACUACCUCUUGGCUGGGUGCCACCAGUACUUGAUGGCCCCUGACCCGAAACCGUGUAGGAACAUUUACCUUGGAGAGAGG